AUGAGGGAGCAGGAAGCAGAGGCAUGCAUGAGCAUGCAUGAUGUUGAAGAAAGGUCUCCUCUUCUUCCAUCUUUACGAUCUUCUCCGCUGCGUCAAUCGGCCGCUCGUCUUCUUCUUCCACCUUUUCUUCCAUCUUUCAUCUUCUCUUCUUUCAUCUCCAUUUUUCUUUCGAUUUUUAUUUAUGUAUGGAGAGAUGAACAUCUGAAUCAUCCUAAUUCUCAUAAUAAUGGCUUUGCGCCACAACGAAAGAAAAAGGGGUACAGCGAUCCCAUUCCUUCUUCUUUCUCUUUCCAUUUCCUUUUGGGGCCAACCAUUUCUGCAAUUAUUGGGUUGUUCAGCGGCGUAAACCUCAUUUUUCAGCCAGUUCCACCUUCCUCUGCUGUUUUUUGGUCGAUCACUCUCGUACCCUUCAAUUUUUUCCAUCUGGGUGGAUGGAAGUGGGAACCUCUUUUCAGCCAUUCAACGAAGCUUGAGCCAAUUGAAGAAGUCACCAUAAAGUGUGAUUUGUUGGACAUGCCUGCUGUAGGGCAACUGGAGAAGGAUGCCAAAUAUUCAUUGGUUUAUCAGCUUCUGAAGAUUUUUUUGACCCAGAGAUUGGAUGCUUACAUGGAAUUUCAAGCUGCAAAUUCUUCUUUAUUGAAAAGCUAUGGUCUCGUCCAUGAAGAUUGCAUUGCAAAGAUGAGGUUAUUAUCAUUGGUAGAUCUUGGCUCAAAUGAAUCUGCCCGUAUUCCAUAUGCUCUCAUCAAGGGUGUUACUUGUGUGUUACUUGUGCUUCAGAUCAAUGAUGAUGAGGUCGAACUGUGGGUCGUGAAGGCCAUUACGUCCAAAUUGAUUGACUGCAAAAUGGACCAGAUGAACGAAGUUGUGAUUGUGAGGGAGUCUUGGACAUCACCACCACAGAGGUCGCAGACUACUUAAUUGGAGGGUUCUCCUUUUUGCAAACUUGUUCGUGAAGUGCUUGUAGAGUUGGAGUUACCACAUUUAGUACGUUGGCUUUAAGGAAUUGUAUUAAGUUUUCUACGAGAUUCUGGAUUUUCAUUUCCACUCUGUUUGGGAUUUUUGGAUGCUGUCGAUUGGGUUUGCGGGAUUGUUAGCUACUGGCUUUGCAGAUUUGGAGGAAUAUAUAUUGGAUGGGAGAAGAAGCAUUUUCGAGACCUUUAAAAUGUCGUGAUCUUUGAAUUUAUAUAAUUCUGUUUGGUUGCAGUUAAUUUUACAAGCGUGUUUUCAUUGUUGGUGGAAUCAGACUUGAAUAAUAUGGGAUUUAUGUGCUUUAAGAUAUGAAUGGGAUUUAUUGUUGCUUUAAGAUA